AACGGGGCAAAGGACAGAGACGGACGUAGAAAGGGAGGACGUAACGAGGGGAGAAGACAAGAGACAAAAAGGGAGAAGGAACAGAGAGGACAGCAACAAGCUGAAAGGUUGUUCCUUGAAUAUUUCUUCCACCGCUGGACCUGCUGGAUUAGUGAGAUUUACCUGCAUGCAUCCUCUCAUAGCAGGAGACUAUAUGCCUGUUUGCAUGGGUGUAGUAUUUGGCCGCUGCAGUUAACAGGAUCGGCGUUUUUGUACAUUCAUGCAAGGCAUAGUCAGAGGAUGGGAGCCCUUCACCUCUCUCUUGCUCUCUUUCUCCUCUUCACCUCUCCCGUACGAGCCCAGUGGUGGAGUCUCUUCUGGGCGAAUCCUAACACCAGCACCAGCUCUGCUCCUCCCUCAAUUCCUCCUUCUAUCUCUUCUCCAUCCAUCACCUCCCCGGGCCUUUCUGCCACCCCAGGGGCAACAGAGUGGGUGGUGGUAAGGCAUGAAGGGGUGACAGAGAAAGCUCCGGAGGGUAGUAGCACUCUGACGGAGGGGUCGGUGCUGAGCCCUACCCCCAGCCCAGGGUUGUCAAUCUUUGGCCGCAGCACUGCAGAACCUGGGCCGUUACAUCAAGAGGAGAACACAGGCGGAGGCAGCAGAGCCAGGGCCCAAUACAAAGCACUGAAACAUUGGAAGAGCGAGCGAGGCUCAGGAGGUCACCUGGACCUGACAGAGUUGAUUGGUGUUCCCCUUCCUCCCUCCGUCUCCUUCACCUCUGGCUAUGAGGGCCAGCCAGCCUACAACUUCGGGCCCAACACCAACAUCGGCCGGGUCACCAAGACCUUCGUGCCAGGGUCCUUCUACAGAGACUUUGCCAUCAUCGUCACGGUGCGCCCAACCACUCAGAGAGGAGGCGUGCUCUUCGCCAUCACGGACGCCCGUCAGAAGAUGGUGGAGCUGGGUUUGGCCCUCACUCCGGUGCGUGGGGGCCUCCAGAGCAUCCUACUGUACUACACUGACAGGGAGCAAGCCUCCCACAGCCACAAAGCUGCGUCCUUUAGUGUCCCGGAUAUGACCGACCAGUGGACACGAUUCACGGUGGUGGUGGAGCAUGAAGAGGUGCGUCUCUACAUGGACUGCGGAGAGGCCGAGAGGACCUCUUUCCAUCGGAGGCCUGAAAGACUCAACUUCUCGCACAAUUCAGGCGUUUUCGUAGCCAAUGCAGGAAGCACGGGGCUCGACAAUUUUGUGGGAUCCAUUCAGCAGCUGGUGAUAAAAGAUGAUCCCAGAGCAGCUGAGGAGCAGUGUGAAGACGAUGAUCCUUAUGCCUCGGGAUACACCAGUGGAGAUGAUGCUCUGGAUGACAGAGAAACAGAGGAGGAGAUGAUGAAGAACACACAUGAGAGAAAACAUGGCACAGCACAGGAGGAAGACAGCGUUCCAGUAAGAGCUCCGCCAACUGAGGCUCCGGAGGUGGAGCUUGAUGAGUACUCCGGUCACCAGACCCCAACAGAGGCCAAUGAAGAAAUGCUGAUCAGAGGGCCGCACCAGAAGGAGGAGCCGGGGGAGAGGUCAGGAGAUGGUCAUAUCAGACAUGGAUCAAAGGGAGAGCGUGGACAGCCUGGAUCCAGAGGCCUACCUGGCCCACCCGGUCGCCCAGGUUCCAGCCCUCUACCCGGGCAAGCUCAGCCUGGUCCAAGAGGGACACAAGGACCACCGGGAACCCCUGGAUCCCCAGGACUGUCAGGGAGAGACGGACAGCGGGGAAGCAAGGGUGAUACAGGAGAUCCAGGUCAGGGAGGAUCUCAGGGAUUCCCAGGUUUAGAUGGAGAAGCUGGAACUAAAGGAGAUAAGGGAGACACAGGAGUUGGUCUGCCUGGUCCCCCUGGCCUCCCUGGGACUCCUGGACCCCCCAGAUCACGCAGUGUACCUUACGGAGCAGAUGCCCUGGGUUCUGGGUUUGAAGACCUGGACAGCGAAACUGAUCUCAUCGGGGGUCACCCUGGUCCACCGGGGCCUCCAGGACCUCCUGGUCCCCCGGGACCCCUGUCAUCAUCUGACACAGCUGAAGGCCUCUCUCCAGGGCAUGCUGGACCACCCGGUGCCCCCGGCAGAGACGGGCUCCCAGGCAAAGCUGGAAUACCGGGUCCAGCAGGAAAAGGUGGGGAUCCAGGUCUACCAGGAGCUGGGGGAGAGAAGGGUGAAUGUGGGUCUGGAGGUACAGCAGGGUCUCCAGGGCCACCGGGGCCAAGUGGUCCACAAGGGAAGAGAGGUCCAUCAGGUCCCCCGGGACCCCCUGGCCCUCCAGGAACCAAAUUCUUUGUAGAGGAUUUGGAGGGAUCUGGGAAGACGGACAUGCUGAUUGGAGCUGGAGUCAGAGGCCCACAGGGUUCCCCCGGCAUACCUGGCUCGCAGGGUACCAAGGGGGAGGAUGGAGCCACAGGUGCUCCAGGGCUCUCUGUCAAGGGUGAGCCAGGGGACCCGGGACCUGAGGGUCUUCAAGGUCCUGCUGCACUACCAGGUGCUCGGGGGACCAAAGGAGAAAAGGGCAAUCAAGGACCAAAGGGUGAUUGUGGUGUCGAUGGACUCAGUAUCCCAGGACAACCUGGUCUCCCUGGACCUCCUGGACCUGUCAUUAAUCUGUCGGAUCUGCUGCUCAAUGUGACAGAUGGGAUCUUCAACUUCACAGAGAUCAGAGGACCACCGGGCCCCCGGGGCCCUGAAGGCUUGCCUGGCAGAGCUGGAUUUCCUGGCCCCAGGGGACCAAAGGGAGACAAAGGCCCUGCAGGUAUCCAGGGACCAGAAGGGUUCAAGGGUGAGAAGGGAGAGCCGGGGGUGACCAUUGCUGCUGACGGAUCCCUCUUAUCAGCGCCAAAGGGCCCCCAGGGGCCCAAAGGCAUCAAGGGUGACCGUGGGUUCCCUGGACCUGACGGACGUAUGGGCCCGAUAGGACCACAUGGACAAAAAGGAGAAUAUGGCUUCCCUGGUCGUGCAGGACGAUCUGGUAUGGCUGGGAGGAAAGGUGACAGAGGAGAUUCUGUUGGCCUACCGGGACCUCCUGGUCCUCCAGGCCCAGCUGGACAUCCAGGAAGAGUUAUUGGGCUUAAAGAAACAGUGUUUCCGGUGCGCCCCAGACCGCACUGCAAAAAGGGACGAGACACAGUGACAGGGGGAGAUUCAGUCCGAGCUAAAGGAGAUAAAGGAGAUGUGGGAAUACCUGGAGAGCCAGGCACACCUGCACCUGGCUUUCCAGAUGGAAUUGUGGGUGCCAGAGGUGAUCAGGGAUACCAAGGCCAGAAGGGAGAAACGGGUGACGGCGGUCUGCCUGGUUCUCCAGGACUGCCUGGGAGGUCAGGACUUGUGGGUCCAAAAGGUGAGUCCGUCAUUGGCCCUUCAGGACCGGUCGGCCCUGGGGGUCAACCUGGAGCCCCUGGCUUCGGACGACCUGGUCCCCGAGGGCCCCCUGGCCCCGCUGGACCCCCAGGAAUUGUACCUGCUUAUGGAUCGGGUGUCAGUGUCCCCGGCCCUCCUGGUCCUCCCGGCCCAACAGGAGCGUCAGGAAAUGCCAACCCUGUGACUACCUAUAAGACAAACCACGCUCUGAGCAGAGAGACUUACCGUGCUGCAGAGGGAACCUUGGCCUACGUGUCUGAGAAGGGAGGAGAGCUGUACAUCAGAGCACGCAAUGGCUGGCGUAAGAUCCAGCUUGGAGAAUUGAUUCAAUCUGGACCUUCCACCUCGGCCACGUCUCAGUCCCUCAGCAGACCUGGAGACUGGAGCAAAACGCACAGGAGCCAGAGCCAUAGCCAGGAGCUUCAAGAGGGCAGUAGAGGAUAUCAGCCCACCUAUAACGUACUACCACAGACCUUCAACGCUGUACCUGGGCUCCACCUGGUAGCGCUGAACGCCCCGCUGAAAGGGGACAUGCGUGGCAUCCGGGGGGCAGACUUCCAGUGCUACCAGCAAGCACGCUCCAUGGGGCUAACCACCACCUACAGGGCCUUCCUGUCCUCUCACCUCCAGGACUUGGCAACGAUCGUGAGGAAGGCGGACCGCACUGACAUGCCCGUGGUUAACCUCAGGGGUGAAGUUUUGUUCAGUAGCUGGAUGUCCAUCUUCUCUGGGAAUGGAGGCACAUUCAACCCAUCCACACCCAUCUACUCCUUUGACGGACGCAAUGUGAUGUCUGACUCAGCAUGGCCAGAGAAGCUGGUAUGGCACGGCUCCAAUACGGUGGGCAUCCGUCUGACCACUAACUACUGCGAGGCGUGGAGGACGGCUGACAUGGCGGUGACGGGCCAGGCUGCGCUGCUGCAGACGGGACGUCUGUUAGGACAGCACACCCGCUCCUGCUCUAACCACUACAUAGUGCUGUGCAUAGAGAACACGUAUGUGGAGAACACCCAUCAGAGGAGGACCUGAGGACACAGAGGAAACACACACAUGUUCUCACACAAACACACAUACACACACACACAUACACACAGCAUGAGUGCUGAAAGUGCAGAGUGGAAAAUUUGACAUACAUCAUUUAAACGGGAAACGCAUGCAGGCACAUACACACAUCACGAGGACAUGUCGCUGCAUGGAAGUUACAUUCAAGUACACAGACAAAAGGCACUUUUGUUUAUCCAUGCAGAUAAAAUACACACGUUAAUAUAGCAAAAGCAGGCGUCUGCACUCGAGCGCAGAACAAAGGAACACGUGCCCACCCAUUGGAGUACCUUUCACUUUGUAUAGUUUCAUCUUUAGUGCCAGUGUGUAAUCCAACACUGCAUAAUGCUGCCAUGCAUUUGUUCCAGUCUAGAGGUCCAUUUAUUUUUUAUUCACUAUGAUCACGUGACAGCACAGCAUAUCACCACACAGGACAUUGGGGGUGUACUGUAUGUGUUGUUGAAGUGAAAGAUGACUCAGUAUAUCAGGUACUGUCACUGACUGAGUACAGCGAAAUGACUUAACAGACAACUCCAGUGCAACUUUGAUCUCCUUAACUACAGAAGCCCUGAGAGACAAGUAAGGACAAAAGUGUUCCUAAGUGUGAUUCAAAUAGUUUUCUCAAAAGGUGGGAAAACGUUUUGCCUGAGGGAAAAAAUAAUGUCCAUGCACGCUAAAUACAAGGUACAUAUACUGUGUGUUAGCAAAGUAAUGUAAGUUAAAGUUGAAGAAAACAAGAAAGCUUGAAAUCCUUUUAGAGUAUUGGGUAGUGGUGCACGUCAGCUUCCUGUGGCCAAAAUGCAUAUUACAACAGCAACUUAUGACCCUGACUAUUUUUUUCGCCUGCCAACACUUUUCCCCACCUUUUAUUACAGACGUAAGGAUCUUCGAACGAUUAUCCUGCCAAAACAUUAUUCUACUUAUAAAAUGGAUCAACGUUGUCUCACUUGCCUCUCAGGGCUUCUGUAGUUAUUCUUUACAUAUUUGCUGAUCAUUUUCAAAAUGAUCAGCAUUUUUUCAGCCACAGUUUUUUAAAAGGUUUUUGUUCCUGUGUUUAUGUUGCUGUUGCAUAACGAUUUUUUAAGUGUGAAUUGCAUUACCUCACAAUAAUAACCCAUUCUGAAACAAGUAAUGGACACUUGAUGACACUGUGGACAAACCUGCCAAAUCCUCUUCAUAUAGGGAAAGGAAACCACCGGCUGUUUAGAGAAGUAGAACAUAUGUACAUUGAAAUGUAUAAUGGCAAAAUGGUUAGCUAUGAUGUAAAGUAUACAGGACGAGUUAUGAUUUGUAGUAAAUAGGACUGUCACUGAAUUUUGACCUAAUUUCAGAAGAUAACAGUAUUGUAGUUUAGACCCAAGUGUUACGUAUCUAAGCUAGAGACAUGCGAUAUACACUGCAGAGCAGACUUACAGUUUUCAGGAUAUUAUGCUAUAAAUAAAACAUUCUUGGUAAAAUUCUAUAUUCUAAUAUUGUCAUCAAACCCCAUGUUAAGAUCAAAACCAACACUGUGUUAGUCCAUCACUUAAUACUUUCCAACUCUCCUUGCCUGUCUGCGGCUCUCAGCCCCAACACGAUUGGUUGCUACUGAAGACAUAAAUCUUAAAAAAAACGAGUCACAAAUGAAUAAUUUAUUAAUAUUUCAGUAAUUUCCUAAAGCAGCUGGGCACUGUACUUUACAUGCAAACAGGAAGAAAUAGUGCAUUUGUUUGGGGACUUUUCCAGUGGUGGAUUAAUACACAAUUGUGUAUCUCUAAUGGCUCUAAAUGGCUCUCUAAUGGCAGCAGGACGGUGUUUGUGGGAUAGCAUCAAGAUAAACUAGAGUGUGCAUGUUCAUUGUAACGGACAAACAUGUGCCCCAGAGCAACAGUGUGCUCAUUGAUAUGUUAGUGAAAAUAUCGGAUCUCUAUGGUAGAGAGGAAUAUCAGGCGUUGGAUACACACAAAAUACUUAUUGCGUUGGAUUUGGACUUUAAAUAUUUGUUAACAAUGAAAUAUUGACUAUCACCAGACUUACGUUUAAAUAUGAGCACAAUUUGAACCAUUUGAAAAACAUGCUGUACGUGUCAUGAGAUAGUUCUUUUUAUUUGAGUGACCCUUUUGAUGUCAGAUAUUGGUAUCCGUCUUCUUGUAAUAUCUUAGAUGCAAAUACGCUAUAUGUAAAUUACUUGCUCCCAGCAAAGUCAACCAAUCACAGCAUCACUCACGUUUCCUCCAUUUUUUUUUUCAGGCCACUGAAAAGCCAAAAAAAGAACUGGCUGGAUUUUACCAAAAACAUUUUACCACUAAGAUCUUCUCUCUUAAUUGUUGAAGCUACAGAUACGAUAUGAUUAUUAAAGACAUUAGCAGCGCAAGAUGAAACAAAAAAGAACCAAGUCAUGUUUACCAAGAAUCUUAGCUGCAUAGAGAGGACACAGAUAAUAUUGAAGGAUUCAUUCAUAAACGCAGUAUGGUGCCCCCUGCAGAAAACUUUGUUUCGUUUACAUUUUGUCAUCACUAAUUGGCAUCCCAUAAUCCAACAUUAAAGAUCGAAUGUCUCAAUUUUUUCAGAUUUUCUGCUGAACUUUAGCCCUGCUGCUUGCAAUAAAUGAUUCAAUUAGUGUCAACAUUAACAUACGUGCGUUAGUAAUAGAUUUGAAAUCAAUAUGUGAUUUUUUAUUAAUUUAUACGGUAGCACAGUGUGACAAUCUAGCAGCUUCACUUAAAAAAAUUGAUGAAAUUGGAACAUGUAUAUAUAUGUUUGUUUUUGUUGAUAUUGUUUAAAUGUUUUUGUUUUUACACUGUGGAGGUAGGUUUUGUAUGACACACACUAAAUGACUGAAGGUUUUUACUCACCAGGCGUUGAUUGAGAUGCAGUUCCAGCGUUCUGCCUGUAAAGAUGCUGAAACGAGCAGUCUUGAAAAUGUUUUGAUUUUCAAAGAAGUAGUAGUUUUCCUGAUUGUGAUUACUGUUCAAACAGGACUUGAGCUACUGAGGAAUGAAGACGUUUGUACUGACUGACUGGUGCGUACUGAAUAAAUGUCUUAUUUUGUGGGU